AUGACACUCUUUGGAGAAAUACAUCCAUGCAAAAUAUUACAUUUGAGGGAACACAGGAAUACCGACGGGGUGUAUGCAAUCAAUUUUCUGAAGAAGGACAUCACAAUCCAGACUGACAAUGUUGAAUGCAUAAUAGUGGAGAAGAGGGUGAUGGCCCUGCAACAAAAGCCUCCAUUCAUAGUGCAGCUUUUACUCCUGCCUCCAAACUAUAAUGCGUCAAUUACUUUGUCUUUCACUUGUUCCUCCAACCGUGACCCGCUUGUUGAACCUCUCCCUAGCAUAAAAGUUAUUCGUGAACUUGAUUUGUCCCAUCAUAAACCUGUAACAACUCCUGAACUCAGUGUUAAUGCAGAUUUCGAGUACUUCAACACCAGCAGCCCCAAGUAUGACAAGGAGAAUAGAACGCUUCCAAGAAAAAAUAAUAAGAGGUUACUAUUAGAAAUUACUAAUUAUAAAAUGAGCUGUAUUGAUGAUGGGCAUUUAAAUGAAAAAUGA